AAUUCACACAGCAGCAGCAGCCAGCCAGCACACAGCUAUAGAAACAAGUUUGUAUCAGUAAAGAGAAGAAAAUGCAUGUUUAAUGUCCGUGGUUUGGCUUUUAGUUCAAGGUUGGAAUUUGCCCACGGGAAGUUAUGUUCCGAGAAAAUGAAGACAAAAUCAUGAAAGCUCCCGGAAUUUGUUUUGAUGGAUCCUCAUGUCGGCACAUGUUUGCCCCCUUUGUCAGAGUGAAGAGGCCAGGCUCACAUGUCAAAGAUCUACACUGGCUGUGCAUACUUCUCCUCCUGGUCGUCCUAUUAGCAGGUCAGGCUUCCUGUAAUGAGACCACUGCUUCCUCUCUUUCCAGUCCUACAACAAAUGCACAGACUUCAGUAUUUUACCAUGUUGCUGUCACCGUGGACGUCAAUGGACAGAAGGAUGAAUCAAACAUCACUGCUUGGCUUGAGGACGUGUUCCGAAACAACCUGCAGAGUUGCGUAUCUCAGAUCAACGAACAAACAACAGCCACACCUGCCUCUCCACACACUACAUCUGCAAGCACUUCAAAUGUGACGACACUCAUGACGCCAGCGACAGCAACACUGCAGAGCUCUAAUACAACUACAGCUGCAGCAAACACGACGUUACAGAGCUACAGCACAACACCGGCAGCAACGACAUUAAGGAGCUCCAACACAACUACAACAGCAACAACAGCAUCAGAAAGCUCCAACACAACUUCACCUGCAACAACAGCAGUAAAAGGCUCCAACACAACUACACCUGCAACAACAGCAGUAAAAGGCUCCAACACAACUGCAACAACAGCUUUUAAAACCCCCACCAUGACUAUAGCUGCAACAACAGCAUUACAAAGCACCAUCAUAACUACACCUGCAACAACAACAGUAUUAAAAAGCACCACCAUGGCUACACCUGCAACAACAGCGUCAAAAACCACCACAAUGGCUACAGCUGCAACAACAGCGUCAGAAACCACCACAAUGGCUACAGCUGCAACAACAGCGUCAGAAACCACCACCAUGGCUACACCUGCAACAACAGCGUCAGAAACCACCACAGUGGCUACACCUGCAACAACAGCGUCAAAAACCACCACAGUGGCUACAGCUGCAACAACAGCGUCAGAAACCACCACAGUGGCUACAGCUGCAACAACAGCGUCAGAAACCACCACAAUGGCUACAGCUGCAACAACAACAGCAAUAAAAAGCACCACCAUGACUACUUUUGCCACAACAGCGUUACAAACCAGCACCAAAACUGCAACUGCAACAACAACAGCCUCAGAAACCAUCAAGACAACUACUUUACCUGUCACCGGAGUGAUCACUCAGACUGUUCUCAAUGAAGACCAGAACAGGCCAACAAAGAGACCACCUCCCUCUCAGGCAAACAAGGAGCGUGUAGCUCGUGAAAUCAGGAACAGUGUGACACAAACAAGUGCGAUCACCAAUGACCUGUAUCAAGGAAUAGAUGUUUCAUGCACCACAAAGACUGCAAUAAGAAAAACCAACUGCUCCGUGACGCUGCAGCUGAGGCAUAGCAUCCCCCCGUGCUGCAUCCUCCGUACGCUUUGUGCAGCCAGUAAAGCUUCCUCUGACAUCCAUGUGGUGGGAAAAAAAGCAGAUAGAAUCCGUGGACUAGAAAAUGGGUGCAAUAGCAAUAUACAAGAGGAAAACAGUUGUGUUUAUACUGGACAAGCCGGUGCAGCAUGCCAAGAGACUGAGUCAGCAUAUGUGAUUCCUCAACGCAACACAACUCACUGUGAUGAAGAAAAGGGGAAUAACGUCUGCAACUGCUCUGCUUACUGCAGUGGAACUGAUGCAUACUACACUUUUGAGAUUUUUAUAAAAGAUACCAGCAAGAUGAACCUUACGUAUGUCUCGUCCCUGAUUUCUAAGCUUAAACAGCAACCAAACUGCCCUCCAAGUGCAGAAGUUCCAUGUCCAUCAUCCAUCCUUGCAUCUGAAUACAAGGAUGCCAAUGUGACAUGUGGACUCAAUGAGGCAAAUCUUCAAAGCUGCAGUGUGAUUUUAGUCUUUGCCCAUGAGGUUCCUAUCUGUAACGUGUCGACAGCCGUGAUCAAUGUGUUUCAGUCUGUGAAAGAAAUUAGUUUCAAUGGACAGGUGACCCGAGCAGCAAUUUGUGGAAAUUCAGAAGUCAACAGCAACCCACUAAAAUCGGAGUUCAAGUGGGACAUAGUUUACCUAAAGCCUGCCUCCUUUUGUACAACAGAAGAGUCUAACAACCUCACUUGUCCAAAUGGAGUAAAUGUGCUUGUGCUGAUGGAUGAGCAGUGCAAUCAGAGGGUUUUUACCACACCUAGCCCAAACGUGACAACCACACUCAGCCCAAACGUGACAACGGCAGAACCAAACACCACCACCCCGUCUGCGAAUGUAACUUCAUCCCCACUGAACACAACAGCUCAAGCCCUGAAUGCCACCACCACCAGCUCUCCUGCUAAUGUCACAGCGACAGCUGACAGCCAAGCCAACGCGCUGCUUGACCUGACCGGAGACGUGUCCAGUCUGAACUCCAGCCAGGUGGAUCAGCUUGUGUCCCAGCUGGAGAAUCUGUUGUCAGGCCCGACUGUCAGCCUGGCGCUGGGAAACACCUCUGUCCGCAUCGUCAGUAAUCUAUUGGGUGCUUCUCCUGAGGUGCUGUCCGACUCCUCCAACAGGAUCAUAGGGAUUGUUGAUACAGUGGGGUUGAAGCUGGUCCUUGAUGGAGAGGCUCAGACCCUCUUGUCCCCGGCUGUGGCUUUGUCUGUGAAACCAGCAGAUGGCAGCAACUUUCAGGAAACAUUCUUCUCCAUCUCAGACCCCAAUGAUGUCCAGGUUCGCGGGGAUCCCAGGCUCAGAAGGAGUGUGAGAAAAGACUCCUCCAUACCUCAGGGCUCCAUCAGGCUGCCCCCCACCCUCACACAGAGUUUGACCUCUGAGCAACAGCAGCUGGUCUCCAGAGUCCAGUUCAAUUUCUACCAGGAGAGCACAGUGUACCAGGACAGAUCUUUGGGAAAACGCAAACUCAAUAGUGGGAUCCUGGGAGCGAGUGUGGCCAACCUGUCAAUCAAAGAACUGCAGGACGACGUUGUAAUUCACCUGAAGAACAUGGAGCCUGUUCCAGCUAAUUUUGUGGCUACGUGUGUUUUCUGGGACUUUACAUUAAAUGACGGAUCAGGUGGUUGGAAUCCGAGAGGCUGUUCUGUCCGAAACAGCACUGACAAUGAGACAAUAUGUGGCUGCAAUCAUUUAACUAGUUUUGCUAUACUGCUGGACCUCUCCAGAGAGACUCUCACCAGUCGUGUGCAGGCCACCAUCCUCACCUUUAUCACAUAUAUUGGCUGUGGAAUCUCUGCCAUCUUCCUCUCCAUCACCCUCCUCACCUACUUGUCUUUUGGGAAGUUGCGGAAGGACAUUCCAUCCAAAAUCCUAAUCCAGCUGUGUAUGGCUCUGCUGCUGCUGAACCUGGUCUUUCUGGUGGAUGCGUGGCUGGCGCUCUACCCCGACGCUGUGGGCCUCUGCAUCUCCACUGCCUGGUUCCUUCAUUACUUCCUGCUGGUCACCUUCACCUGGAUGGGACUUGAGGCCGUCCACAUGUACGUGGCCCUCGUGAAAGUCUUCAAUAGCCACGUAUCACGCUACAUGCUGAAGUUCUCGGUGGUCGGCUGGGGCGUCCCGAUGAUUGUGGUCAUUAUUGUCAUUGCGAUUGACAAGGAUAACUACGGUCUUGUCUCCUACGGAAAGUUUUCCGAUGGCACUAGUGAUGACUUCUGCUGGCUGAAAAACGACAUUGCUUUCUAUGUGGCAGUGGUGGCAUAUUUCUGCGUAAUUUUCCUUUUCAACCUCGCCAUGUUUGUGGUGGUGUUGGUCCAGCUGUGUCGGAUAAAGAGGCAGAACCCUCACAAUGCUCAGCACCGCACCACGCUGCAGGAUGUGCGCAGUGUGGCGGGGAUAACUGUCCUCCUGGGCCUCACUUGGGGUUUUGCCUUUUUUGCCUGGGGGCCCCUUAACCUGCCGUUCAUGUACCUCUUUGCCAUCUUUAACUCCUUGCAAGGUUUCUUUAUAUUUGUGUUCUACUGUGCGGUGAAAGAAAACGUGAGAAGGCAAUGGAGGACGUACCUGUGCUGCGGCAAAAUGAGACUAGCAGAGAACUCAGAAUGGAGCCGCACUGCAACACAGAAGACUGUGAAGAAGUCAUCAAUGACCAAACUGAGAUCUCUUAAUUCCUCAAAGUCCUCCCAGUCCAAUAACUCAUCCAGCUCCACCUCUUUCCUCGUCAGUGACUCUUCAGAGCAGAUUAAUGGCAUUGGUAGCCCGUUUGAAGACAGAAUAAUCACAGCGGAUGAAGACCCCAGUAUGGACGUGGUCCUCAAUGAGAUCAACAGACAGUACAGAGAUCGACAAGCCUCCUGAUCCAGAGAGGAUACAACAGACUGUUAAAUGGCUCUUAAUUUGAAACACCUGUACAUACUGUAGUAAUAGAUAGUAAUUUAUGUACCAUCCAUUUGCACAUCAUAUGUAUUAUAUGGAAAUCCUACAUUAUAAAUGGCACUUGAUUUUUGAACACUUUUUAUAUACUCAUACUGAACACUUAUUGUAUUUGCACAAAAAACAAACAAAAAACAUUUAUUCACUGGUACUGUGAUGUUAUCAGUAUAAGUAGUCAAAUUUCAGUGGUGCAUUGCACACACUGACUCAUGGUCAACAAGUCAAUAUCAACGCAAGCCAACAGACCGACACCAGUUUUGAGCUUAAAUUACUUUUUUGUAAUUGCAAAAUAAAAAGAAUUAUGUUUGUAUUUAUCAUAGUUUUUUGUUAUUAUUCUCAACUGUAUUAGAGCUAACUCUGUCAGGUGUUAGGUGGUGGGAAAGUGGAGA